AUGUAUCUUCUUUCAGGUCUUGAGUAUCUAAAGGCUCUUUGCCAUCCGCAUUACUUGCCAUCGAUUUACGCAUUUCAAGAAAAAUACUACGGCUUAGCUGCUACUUCCGCACUCUUUAACUACAUUGAGACAACAAAGCGAGUUUAUCAUGCUCCGAAGUCACUGAAGGUGGAUUUCGGCUGCUCUUCUCAAGCAACAAUGCUGGACGCGACAAGUGCUCUUCGCCUGAGGCUUGUGGGGCGACUGGGUCGCGCGCGGGACACUCGGACCCUCUUCAAGGCUAUCAACUACACCUGCACCCUCAGUGGUGCCCGUCGACUGAGAGCCGCCCUACUCGAACCUCCGAACGACUUGGCGACCAUAACCUUCCGACAGGACGCGGUUGUGGAGCUCAUCUCUAAGCCCCAGAUCCUUCUGGAAGUGCAGAACGUUUUAGUAAAGUUUCCGGCAAUCGACAGCCUCUUGUCAAUGUGUGUUCACCUCUCUGACUUUCCCACACCACGUCCCGAUCUUCCAACCAGCACAAACUUCUCCAACACUGGAAGUCGCGCUGCCAACACUACCACGACACCCCCUAAAUUUCCAUGGACGCGCUCCCCUGAAUCAAGUCGCAACGCCAUCGAGGACCUCCUGACUCCGAGUUCAGACGUCCACCGUGAGGCACCCCACGUCUACACGUCACCGCUGAUCAGCCGGGACCUGCCCACUGGGCUACCUGGCACCGGAUCGACCUCGGUAAAAGUGUCGACGGCCAGUUCACGCGGCAGACUAGAAGGCCUGGAGACAAGUUCGCUGGUGUCCGGCAUCACGAUUGAGAAAAACGCUGAACUACGUGUCACCAAGUUGAUUGCGAUUAAACACUUGCUGGACCUGAUCAAGCCGCUGCACGACGCCCUCAGGGGAACCUCUUCAACCCUGCUCAGAACCUACCGAGAGAUUUUGUCAGACAACGGCUACGUGGAACUGCUGGACAAAAUUACCACCGUUCUGCACCCGGACGCCUGCGUGUGCAAAGGGACCCUUCAGAUGCGCGUGCAAAAGUGCUUCGCCAUAAAGGCGGGAGUCAAUGUGCUACUGGACUUGACGCGACGCGCCUACGCGGAACAGGUGGAUGACAUUUCACGUUACGUGAAAACCCUCGCCAGAGCGCACCACCUGCCACUUCGCGUGGCCUACACCAAGGCGCGCGGCUUCUUCAUUCAAAUUCCGGAGCAGGCCUUGUCAGCGAUGCCUCGUGGCGCCACUGCCACAUCGCCUCCCUCUCAAGCAAAUUCCAGCAUUGCUUUCGACUGUUCCGCCUCUGGCGACCAUCUGGACUCCCAGUUCACAGCAUCCUCGGAGCACCAUUCGAGUAAUCGGGUUGACCAACUACUGGAUCGGAGUAGUCGACUGCCGUCCGUGUUUAUCAAAGUUCAGUUCGCCAGGGAACGUGUUAAGGGUUCCCUCAACGAAGUCUACCUGAUUGCCGACAACCUCGUCUGCAAACUCAUCCACGAAUUGCACCCAGAAAUGAGCCUGUUCUAUCGCCUCUCCGAGGUGGUGUCGGGUGUUGACUUGCUGUGCAGCCUCGCGCGUAUUGUGGUCUCGGCACCGCCAGGCUACUGCUUCGGUAAGGACGGCCGGAACCUGAUUGUCGAUCGCUUCGGCGGCUCGCUCUCUGUCAGCAAUAAUACGAGUGGCAAAACGACUUAUCUAACCCAAGUGGCUCUGAUCCAGAUUCUGGCUCAAAUCGGCAGUUUCGUUCCCGCGAAAUUCGCUGCUGUCAGGCUCACGGACAAGAUUUUUGUCCGUAUGGGUUGUCGCGACGACAUGUCGACGAAGGCCUCAACAUUUGCCUUAGAGGUUGGCGCAGCGCCUCUUUCUUGCCUCCCCCUACCCCAUAUUCCCAAAAUCGUUUUCACUCUCAAAAUCACUUGCCUCCCGAUUUUGUCCUUUCAGAUGCGUGAAGUUGGUCAUAUCUUUAGGUCGGCCACGGACAACUCCCUCAUCCUAAUCGACGAUCUUGGUUUAAGUACGACAGACGAGGACAGUUUUAGUCUCAGCUAUGCCAUCUGCGAUGCCCUGGCGAGAAUGCGCGCCUUCUGCUUCUUCACGUCCUCGGACGCCGCACUUGCGAGGCUUCAGUUUGUGCAUGCCAAUAUCGAGGUGUGCCACUUCGAGGUGGAAUUUCGUGGUGUGAUAUACGGUAGCCGGCGCGGCCGCAAAAACCGCACUGCCGCAUCGCCAUCUGUUUGCAGUGCCUCCGUCGACAGCGAUUCCCCCACACCUACGGGUCCAACUAGAGCAGAAGAGGGCUCCCGCAGUUGCUUUCGAUAUACGUACAAACUGAAGAAGGGUGCGGGUUCUGAAUCCCACUCAGGUUAG